CGAUCACAUAUCAAACGAAAGAAAAAGCGUGCUACCCAAAACAAAAUUAAUAUUAAUGAUCGAAAUAUGUGUGUCACACGGACCAUAGUGUUCCGAGCUACGAUAAUAUACUAUACGAGUUAAAAAUGUAAAUUCGCGAAAAGGUCGGAGUGGGGCGGAUCGAAUAAAAAACUGUUGACUUUGGUUGGAGAAUCACAAUCAAAUCGUAAUCGGUGGUUUGUGUUCAUCCACACAUCUUCAAGAUGAAGUUCUUGGUCCUUCUUAGCGUGGCAGCUGUGGCUUACUCCAGUCCUGUGCCUAAGGACGUAUCAGUGCUAAAGUCGGUGGUUGGCAGCUUCGUGAACUGCAUGAAUAGUGAUGUUAACUUAUGCAUCAAGGAACAUGCCCUUCGUGCCACCGAACGCCUCGGAACCGUUCGCAAACUCAACAUUUUCGAAGGUCUCACGAUCCUGAACAGCAACCCUAAAGAAGCCCGCAGCUUGGAGCCUUUGUCCUUCGAACCCCAGAUCAGAAACAAGGAAGUCACUGAGAGACUCUGGGAGAAGGCCAAUGAUCUGCUUCAGAACAGCGAGCUGGAGGUUAGCUUUGGCGGUGAUGAUGAAGAAGAAUCUAGGGCUCUUGAUAGUGCAGAGGAGGGCCGCGGCAAGAAGAAGAAGAAGGAAAUUAAGAAUAAGUUAAAGAUUCUCCUGCCCCUAAUGUUGCUUCUGAAGGCCAAGGCUAUUGCGUUGGCUCUUUUCUUCCUUGGCGUCAUCGCCAUCUCCAUCUGGAAGCUCGCCGUCAUCGCCAAGAUUGCUUUCAUUGCCAAGGUCAUUGCCAUCAUCAAGGCUCUCUUGGCUAAGAAGCACGAGGAGCACGGUGGAUGGGCCCCUCCAGUCCAUGAUGACCAUGGACACGGUCACGGUGGCUGGGAAAGCCAAGGCUGGGGACGGUCUGGCAAGAUCGAAGCCGCUGACAUGGCUUAUGCUGGCUACAAGCAGCAGUAGAUCUA